GAUGAUAACUUAGUGUGCUCGUGUGUGAUACUGUGCUUUAACUUGAAGUCAUGUGGUUCGCUAUACUGCUGGCAUGUAUGAGCGGGGCGCUCGCUGUGCCGAUCGAUUACGGUGGUUACGGUGGAUACGGCGGUUACGGUGGCGCGGUGUAUGCGCAAGCGCCGAUCGCCCUGCAAACAGUACAUGCUGCACCUGUCGCUGUGCAAGCAGUCCACGCGCCUGUCGCUGUUGAGACCGUGUCGUACCCGAAAUACGCGUUCUCGUAUGGCGUGAAAGACCCGCACACCGGCGACGUCAAGACACAGCAGGAGGAGAGAGACGGUGAUGUUGUCAAAGGUAGUUACUCGCUAGUGGAGCCGGACGGUACGACCCGUACCGUCCACUACUCGGCGGACGACCACAGCGGUUUCAACGCGGUUGUGCAAAAGUCCGGCCACGCCGUGCAUCCGCAAGUGGCAGUUGCUCCCGUGGCACACUACGUCGCAGCGCCAUCCUACGCUAUUUCCCCACACUCUUAUCACUAAGUUGGAUUGAUUGUUUAAAAUUAUCACAUUAUAUUUGACGAAUAAUAGUUAGUUUUUAGGAUCGUAAACAGAGUUGAAAGGCUUUUAAGAUUAGUUUCCUGUUUUUGAGCUUUUUUUUUGGAUAUAAUUUGAAAUUGUUUGCUAUAAAUAUUAUUUUAAAGGUUUGGUAAAGUUGAUAAAUUAAUUAGUCUUCAUCUUCCUGUUGCAUAGUCUUUGUUUGUCAUUAUUUUAAUUUACAGCAGUUUCCUAUAGGAUAGGAUGUUUUGAUGAAAUUAUUAUGUGUGUUGAAUGAUUUGUAAAGAUAAGAAAAUUACAGCAUCUAAAGUACAAUGAAAUCCUGGGUGUAUUAUAGAAUUAUCGUUUUAUAAACGGCUUAGCAUGUAAGGUUUUAAUUUGUCAAAGAUAUGAAUGUGCAUCAAUAUGUUAUACGGUUAAUACAAUAUGUUCUAUACAA